UUGAGUCGUAUUUGUGUGUCCUGGUUUCUCUCACUGGUACGAUAACUACUGAACGUGUUCUUAGUGUAAAGUUCAUACCAGUGCUGAUGCAGACUGCAGUCAUGAAGAGUUCCAAGGAAGCCAUCCAGAUCGCCGCCAAAGAGUUUCUUCAGUUUGUCAACCGGGGAGUGUCUCCUUACCACGUGGUGGAGGAGUGCAAGUCUAGACUGCAGAGUGCAGGAUUCAAAGAGCUGAAGGAGGCUGAUCACUGGGACAUCAAACCUGCUUGCAAGUACUUCGUGACAAGGAACUAUUCUACCAUCAUCGCCUUCGCUGUGGGUGGGCAGUACCAGGCUGGCAAUGGAUUCAGUGUGAUUGGCGCGCACACUGACAGCCCCUGCCUCAGGGUGAAGCCCAGGUCGAAGAAGACUCAUCUAGGCUGCCUGCAGGUCGGGGUGGAGUGCUAUGGAGGAGGCAUCUGGAACACCUGGUUCGAUCGGGACCUCACUGUUGCUGGGAGGGCUAUUGUUAAGAGUGCCGAGAAGCUGGUACACCGCCUGGUACAUGUCCAGCGCCCCAUCCUCAGGAUCCCCAACCUCGCCAUCCAUCUGCAGAGGGACGUUAACGACAGCUUUGGCCCCAACAAGGAGAACCACCUUGUUCCCAUUCUGGCCACCGCUGUCCAGGAAGAGCUGGAGACAGGAUCCUGUUCCUCAGGGGAUGCCUGCAAUGCCCUCAAAACAUCAGAGAAGCAUCAGCCGGCCCUCCUGAACCUGAUCUGCAGUGAGCUGGGAGUGGAGGUGGACUCCAUUCUGGAUUUCGAACUUUGUCUUGUUGAUACACAGCCUGCAGCACUAGGGGGUGCUUUUGAAGAGUUCAUCUUCUCCCCCAGGCUGGACAACCUCCACAGCUGCUACUGUGCUUUGCAGGGUUUGAUUGACUCCAGCAGCACAGGGGACUCACUGAUCAAAGACCCCCACAUCCGAGUGGUGACCCUCUAUGAUAACGAGGAGGUGGGUUCGGAGAGUGCCCAGGGCGCCAUGUCCUCCCUGACAGAGCUGAUCCUGCGACGCCUGUCCUCCAGUCCUAACAACCUGACAGCCUUCGAGGAGUCUGUGUCUCGUUCCUACAUGAUCAGUGCUGACAUGGCUCACGCUGUGCACCCCAAUUACCAAGAGAAGCACGAAGAAAAUCACAGACCUGCCUUUCACAAGGGUCCAGUGAUUAAGUUUAACAGCAACCAGCGCUAUGCCACCACCGCAGUGACGGCUUCUAUCCUGAGAGAAAUUGCAAGCAGAGUCGACGUCCCACUGCAGGAUUUGAUGGUGAGGAACGACAGCCCCUGUGGGACAACGAUCGGCCCCAUUCUCUCCUCUAAGCUGGGAAUGCGAGUCGUGGACCUGGGCAGCCCGCAGCUCUCCAUGCACUCCAUCCGGGAGAUGUGCUGCACCUCUGGGGUGCUCCAGACGACCUCUCUCUUCAAGGGGUUCUUUGAACACUAUCCCGCAGUGAGCAACUGUAUGACUGUGGAUUAGACGAGACCUCCUGGAACUGCAAGGACCCUGCCUCCCCACUGCUCCCACAGCAUUAAUGCUCGUGGAAAUUCUGAUUGCUAAUGCUGGGAGACAUGUUUAAGUUGUAGUGUAGUCAUGAUUUAUAGUAUUGCUGUUCAAAUAAUGCCCUCGACCUUCAGACUCUGGAGUUCCAUUAUUGCCUUGUAACACAGCAAUGCCUUGAAUAACAGAUCUUUAGCCAGUGCACCAGUACAAAUAAUUUUGUAUGUGACUAAGAGUUUGCAUCUUUCUGAACACCUUUUGUUUGCCUGUUUUAUUAUUUGUCACAGGUCUGAAGCUCUCAUUUAAGAAAGUGGCAGGUUUUAGCCCACCUUGCUUUGUUCUGAGAUUGUAGACCAUCUCCUUUUAAGAAUGUAGAUUUACAGUGUUCAGUCCCUUUGGGAGUGCAGCAGCCGUGUUUUGCUCCUUUGGAAAUGCUGCUGUAGGCUGGUGAAUACCUGGAGGGAUUGGGACCUUCUGGUGGGGUUGGGCUCAGUUAACUAAUAGCAGGUCAAAUUGAAGUCAUUCAGCAUCUGAAUUCAGGAAUCCAACUAGGGAGACAGUCGCAAUUAAUGACCUUAAAACUUGUUUUAAUGUAUUCGUGAUUAUCAAAUGUAGAUUUUAUCAUCAUCCAACCUUGCCUUUUGGGUUGUAAAACAGUCAUUCUGUUCUAUUUUUUUCUGUUAAGCUGAUAAAAGUGAGGAUAUUGGGACACCGUGGGGUCUAUUUAAUUGGUUCAAACAGCGGUGAAUCUAAAUACUGCUGUCAUUUAAAACAAUAAAGUAUGUGAUUCCUA